AGCUCCGGGCGCCAGUGACGCCUCUCAUAAAAACAACAACCUGCUCGCAGGCGUCCGCAGCUAGGGGGCGGCGGGCGACGGGGAGCAGCGGUGCAUGCUGGGACUCGUAGUCCCGCCGGCGCUGCAGGCCCGCUGGCGGCGGGGAGAAGAACUACAACUCCCGAGGAGGAGCACGGCCCGCCGGGGUAGGUUCCAGGAAGCGGGGCCCUACGGCCAGCGAAUCCGCACAACAUCCGGGCUCCGGCGCCUGCGGCCGGUUGCCGUGGAGACGGGCUGCAAGCUCUGCACAGGUUUCGCGGUUCCACCCCGACCACGACUGCCUGGGCGAGGCGGGUCGGUUUAUGUAGAUUGAUGCCGACUAGUUUUCUCUUUGAUGCUUUAAUUGGGUGUUGUUAAAAGGCUACGUGUCCCCGGGCGCUUGCCGGCCUUCAUCCGCUGCAGGAAAAAACUGCUUUUGCCGAAAACAUUGACAGAGAAGAUACGAAGAAUGACGGACUGCCACUGGGAUAAGAAGAAUACUUCGGAUUCAGACAUGGAAAUAAAACCUGAACAGCCACCUCCUUGUGUGAACCCCGGCAAUCCAGUGUUUUCAUGUAUGUUGGACCCAAAGACACUCCACACAGCUACCUCACUAUCAAAACCUCAGAUGAUUAUGUACAAAACCAAUUCAAGUCAAUAUGGAGAAUUUUUACCUAUGCCACAGUUUUUUCCCUGCAAUUAUACUCCAAAGGAGCAAAUAUUUACAAGCCAUAUCAGAGCAACUGGAUUUUAUCAAAAUAACACUCUAAAUACUGCAUCUGACAGAACCAGAACCCUCGAUUUUCCUAAUUUUCAACAUACUCUAUGAGAAAACAUUCUUUUGUAUAUUUAAAAGAAAAUGUACUCAGAAAAUGACGUUUAAAUGUAAG